CCUCUGCCUUCUAACCCAUGCGCACGGGUUGCGCGUGGCUGGGUUGCAAGUCCAGGUUUAGUUGUCAAACUGAGGAGCCGUUUACUAGCCACUCAGACGAUAGUAAGGCCCGAUCAGCCUGAAAGAGUCUGUGGUGUGAAGUCACCUGACCCUUCGCUCCCCGGUUUUGCUGAAUGUAGGCUCCUACUGUACUUGUACAAGAAGCACUCCUGCCCCCUCGAAGACGCGUUUGCGUUGGCAGUGGAGUGUUGUGUGUUCCUUUCACUCAUGACACCCCUAUUUUUUGGAGUUUAGCAUUUGAUCUUGCACUGUCGUGUGAAUUGAACGCAUGAAAUCUUGAUUGAAAAUUUUGAUGGUACUUAAAGGCGUAAAGUUUUUCAAAGGCUUACGAAUUGUGAAAGCUUACAGUUAGGUGAGAAUUAUGAAGAUGAUGACCUAGUAAACUCUGAUGAGGUUAUGAAGAAACCAUGUCCAGUACAGAUUGUUCUUGCUCAUGAAGAUGACCAUAACUUUGAGCUUGAUGAAGAAGCUUUGGAGCAGAUAUUGCUACAGGAGCACAUACGAGAUCUUAACAUAGUAGUGGUAUCCGUGGCAGGAGCUUUUCGUAAAGGGAAAUCAUUUCUACUGGACUUCAUGCUCAGAUAUAUGUAUAACAAGGAUUCUCAAAGUUGGAUUGGUGGAAACAAUGAACCAUUGACUGGCUUUACAUGGCGAGGGGGUUGCGAAAGAGAAACAACAGGCAUACAAGUCUGGAAUGAAGUAUUUGUGAUUGACAGACCUAAUGGAACAAAAGUGGCUGUGCUGCUAAUGGAUACCCAGGGUGCCUUUGAUAGCCAGUCAACUAUCAAAGACUGUGCAACAGUGUUUGCUCUGAGCACUAUGACUAGCUCUGUGCAGGUGUAUAAUUUGUCUCAGAAUAUUCAAGAAGAUGAUCUUCAACACUUGCAAUUAUUUACAGAGUAUGGCAGACUUGCAAUGGAAGAAAUCUACCAGAAACCAUUUCAGACAUUAAUGUUUUUAAUUCGAGAUUGGAGUUAUCCUUAUGAACAUUCAUAUGGUUUGGAAGGUGGAAAACAGUUCCUUGAAAAGAGAUUGCAGGUAAAACAAAAUCAACAUGAAGAGCUACAGAAUGUAAGGAAGCACAUUCAUAAUUGUUUCUCAAAUCUUGGUUGCUUCCUUUUGCCACAUCCUGGUCUUAAAGUUGCAACUAAUCCUAGUUUUGAUGGGAGAUUGAAAGAUAUUGAUGAAGAUUUUAAACGAGAGCUUCGAAAUCUGGUUCCAUUACUGCUUGCCCCUGAAAAUUUGGUAGAAAAAGAGAUAAGUGGAUCUAAAGUCACUUGUAGAGAUCUUGUAGAAUACUUUAAGGCUUACAUUAAAAUUUAUCAAGGAGAAGAACUUCCACAUCCAAAGUCCAUGCUUCAGGCAACAGCUGAAGCUAAUAAUCUUGCUGCAGUAGCAGGAGCAAGAGAGAUCUAUUGCAAAAGUAUGGAACAGGUAUGUGGUGGGGACAAGCCUUACAUCGCACCCUCAGAUCUGGAGCGAAAACACCUGGAUCUCAAGGAAGUGGCGAUUAAACAGUUCCGUUCAGUAAAAAAAAUGGGUGGAGAUGAAUUCUGCCGUCGUUAUCAGGACCAGCUUGAGGCUGAAAUUGAAGAAACCUAUGCAAACUUUAUAAAGCACAAUGAUGGCAAAAAUAUCUUCUAUGCUGCUCGCACCCCUGCCACACUGUUUGCGGUCAUGUUUGCUAUGUAUAUAAUCUCAGGACUGACUGGCUUCAUUGGCCUAAACUCUAUAGCCGUCUUGUGUAACCUUGUCAUGGGGUUAGCACUGACAUCUCUUUGUACUUGGGCGUAUGUUAAAUACUCUGGGGAGUUCAGAGAAAUUGGAACAAUGAUUGAUCAGAUUGCUGAAACACUGUGGGAACAGGUAUUGAAGCCCUUGGGUGAUAAUUUGAUGGAGGAAAACAUAAGGCAGUCUGUAACAAACUCUAUCAAAGCAGGCCUGACUGACCAGGUGUCUCAUCAUGCCAGAUUAAAGACAGACUGACAGUUCAUCUCCUCAUGGACUCCACUCUCCCUUUUUUCAUGCUUGCUGUACAAUGAGAACUCAAAUAAAAUAAACCAAAGUUUACAAUCAACUGUAGAAGUAGUUUAGUAUAACUGGCUUCACAGAUGGCUGCCACAGAGUGUGAAAAUUGUUUGUUGGUUUUAAGCAUUCUGUUCAUGGCUCCUAAGACAUGGAGAUUGGCUGAGGAGCGUUACUUUAUCAUGCACAUUUGUGCCGUGUUUAAUUCUUUUUUUUUUUCUUUUUACUUAAUCUUAUGUCAGUGAAAUUUGUCUUAUGUAAAAGGAUAUUUCAGGGAAAUAUUUUAAGAAAUCUAUUUAGAGUCUCUUUAACACAGUGUCCCAUUGAAAUUUUAAUUUUUAGAGAAGCUAUGAAUCACUGUAUCAAGAAUCAGAUUGGAGUGACAAUAAAGCCUUUAUUGAGCCACUA